AUGGCUCAUGUCUCUUGGUCUGUGAGAGCCAGAGAGCCAGCAGUUUAUUGCACAAACCUGGCUGUAUUUCCUGGUUUUAUUAUUAACUGUAAAUCGGAGAGGAAAAUAAAAAGAAACCACACCUGCCGAGAUAUAAAGAGACUCUUGUGCAAUGUUUGGAAACCUCUGCUUCUCUCCAAGUAUUGGUUUGAUAGUCGGCACCUGUGCAGCGAAGCGACGAUGGAGAACACCACCCCGCCAGUAAACAGUGACACCGGAUCAGGAAACUCGGUGGCCGUUAACAACCCGGCCGACAUCUCUGUCAUUGUCAUCUACUUCCUCGUGGUCCUGGCUGUAGGAAUUUGGGCGAUGGUGCAGAGCAACCGCGGCACUGUUGGGGGCUUCUUCCUUGCGGGCAGGAGCAUGAGCUGGUGGCCGAUCGGGGCCUCUCUCUUUGCCAGCAACGUCGGCAGUGGGCACUUCGUGGGCCUGGCCGGGAACGGCGCAGCAGGCGGAAUAGCGACCGGAGGGUUUGAAUGGAAUGCACUAGUCAUUGUCAUUAUUCUGGGAUGGCUUUUUGUACCCAUCUACAUCAGAGCUGGAGUUGUGACAAUGCCAGAAUACCUGAAGAAGCGAUUUGGUGGAAAUCGGAUCAGGAUUUAUCUGUCCGUCCUCUCUCUGUUCCUCUACAUAUUCACCAAGAUAUCAGCUGACAUGUUUUCAGGAGCCAUUUUCAUCCGUGAGGCGCUGGGGCUAAACCUGUAUGUUGCUGUGGUGAUACUGCUUGCCAUCACUGCUAUCUACACUGUGACAGGUGGAUUGACAGCCGUGAUCUACACCGACACAUUACAGACCAUCAUCAUGGUGGUGGGCUCCUUUAUUCUAAUGGGAUAUGCUUUCAAUGCAGUGGGCGGCUACGAAGUCAUGAAGGAGAAGUACAUGAAUGCCAUCACAAGUGAAACCUAUGACCCCAUUCUGAAUAUCAGUGCUGAGUGUUACACCCCCCGGCCAGACUCCUUUCACUUACUCCGUGAUCCACUCAAUUCAGACUUACCCUGGCCCGGCCUGAUCUUUGGCCUCAGCAUCUUAGCAAUCUGGUACUGGUGCACUGAUCAGGUAAUUGUUCAGCGCUGCCUCUCUGCGAAAAACCUGAGCCACGUCAAGGCUGGCUGCAUUCUCUGUGGCUACCUUAAACUUCUGCCCAUGUACCUCAUGGUUUUCCCUGGAAUGAUCAGCCGGAUUCUGUACACAGAUGUCAUAGCCUGUGUGGUACCCAGUCUGUGUAAGCAGUACUGUGAUGUGGAGGCUGGAUGCAGCAACACUGCCUACCCCAUGCUGGUGGUGAAGUUAAUGCCACGGGGUCUGCGUGGUUUAAUGUUGUCUGUAAUGCUGGCGUCCUUGAUGAGCUCGCUGACGUCCAUCUUUAACAGCUCUAGUACACUCUUCACCAUGGACAUCUGGACCAAGAUCAGGCCCAAAGCCACAGAGAAGGAACUGAUGUUAGCAGGGAGGGUCUUCACGUUGGUCCUGAUUGGCAUCAGCAUUGCUUGGAUCCCAAUAGUACAGAAGGCACAGAGUGGAAAGCUCUUUGACUAUAUCCAGUCCAUCACCAGCUACCUGGGCCCUCCUAUAGCCUCAAUCUUCUUUCUCGGCAUUUUUGUCAAGCGUGUCAAUGAAAAAGGUGCAUUUUGGGGGCUGAUUUUUGGCCUCGCUAUGGGCUUAGCACGAAUGAUCGCUGAAUUUGUCAUUGGCACGGGCAACUGUGUGACUCCCUCCACGUGUCCAGUCAUCAUCUGUGGUAUACAUUAUCUCUACUUCGCCAUCAUCCUCUUCGUUGUCACCUGUCUGAUGGUGCUCAUCGUGUCCUUCCUGACAAAACCAAUUCCAGACAAGCACCUCUAUCGCCUCUGCUGGACACUACGAUACAGCACCGAGGAGCGUGAAGACUUGGACCAGGACGAAUGGAAAAAUGAAGACACUGACAGCAGAAUGGAUGUUAGUGAAGAAACUCCCCAGGAUGUAAAGUGCUGGAAGAAAGCCUACAACUGGUUCUGUGGGUUCGACCAACCGACCCAGAAGUUGAGCAAAGAGGAAGAAGAAGCCCUUCAGAAGAAACUGACCGACGUCUCAGAGGUGCCCCUAUGGAGAAACGUGGUCAACGUUAAUGCCAUCAUCUUGCUAUCUGUCUGUGUCUUUUUCUGGGCCUUUUAUGCAUAAGUUGCAACGUUUUUUCACCUCUGUGCACAGUACAUGGCUUAUACACUUCUCUCUGAUGAAUGCACACCUGGAUUAAUUCAAACAUUCUACAACACUAUGUCAUUUUUAAGACUCCCGUAGCUUUUUUAUUUUUCACUUUCUCAGAAAGUAAAGAAAGCCAUUGCCAAACAAAAAAAAAA